AUGGCUUCCCAAGCAACCUCAAAGAAGCGCCUCGCGCUCGCAAUGAUCAACUUCCUCAACACCUCUGCGACCGACGGUACCAUAGAUAGCGAAGACGUAGAGUCAAUCGAGAUUGCCACCAACUGUAUCGCCGAAGCCUUCAAGGUCGAUGCCUCCGACACAAAGGCCAUGGCCGACGCCCUCGGCGGCCAGAAUCUCCUCUCCAUAUACUCUGUCUAUGAGAAACUCAAGGGGCGCAGCACACCCAGCACUGAGGGUCCAAGCAGUGCGACGGAAGCACGACCGGCAACACCACAGACCAGCGCGACAGGCGCAGGAGGGAAGGAGGAGGCCGAAAAGCUCAAAGGUCAGGGCAACGCGGCAAUGCAGAAGAAGGAUUACAAGUCAGCAAUCGAGUUCUACACUAAGGCGCUGGAUUUGACUCCGCUGAACCCUAUUUACCUUUCCAAUCGUGCUGCGGCGUACAGUGGAUCGCAGAUGCACGAAGAGGCAAAGCAAGAUGCCGAGAUGGCGGUCGCUGCGGAUCCGAAGUACACAAAGGCUUGGAGCAGACUUGGACUUGCGAAGUAUGCGCUUGGUGAUGCUAAAGGCAGUAUGGAGGCCUACAAGGCAGGUAUCGACGCCGAGGGUAGCGGAGGCAGUGAUGCCAUGAAGAGAGGCUACGAGACAGCAAAGAGAAAGUAUGAAGAAGAGGCCGGAGAUGUCGGGGCUCCAGAUGCAUCAAGAGGCAUGCCGGGUGGCGGAGCUGGUAGUAUGCCAGAUCUUUCUGCGCUGGCUGGAAUGUUUGGCGGAGGCGGAGGUGCAGGUGCAGGUGGCAUGCCCGAUCUUGGCGCAUUGAUGAACAAUCCAAUGAUGAGGCAGAUGGCCCAGAACCUGAUGAGCAACCCAGAUGCGAUGAACAACCUGAUGAGCAACCCGAGACUAAGAGAGAUGGCCGAGAACUUCUCAGGAGGCGGUGGUGGCCAAGGGGUAAAUAAUGGCGGACAGGGAGGUGGCAUGCCUGAUCUUUCGAGUCUGAUGAACGAUCCGAGUAUUGCUGAGAUGUAA